CGGGAGGGUCGUCCGGCGUGGGGCGGGCUUGGAGCUGACUUCGGAGCUGUUUAAAGAGCCGGGUCAGCUGACCGACCCCAGACCCCGUCACCUCUACGGCGGGGAGCGGGUCUGGAGCGGCUCGGGUCUGUGCUGCCAGGCCCUGGGCACCAGCCAUGCCAGGCUCCUGGGAAGGCGCCGUGGCCCGGGCUUUCGCCGCGAUCUUCCCGCUGCUCCUGUCCCUGGCGGGACCGGGUGCGAGGGCUGAGAAUGACUUCAGCCAGGUGCAGCCGCUGGUGACCAUGGAGCAGCUGCUGUGGGUGAGCGGCAGGCAGGUCGGCGCCGUGGACACCUUCCGCAUCCCGCUGAUCGCAGCCACCCCUCGGGGCACCCUGCUCGCCUUCGCCGAGGCCAGGAAGAUGUCUGCGUCCGACGAGGGCGCCAAGUUCAUCGCCCUGCGGAGGUCCACCGACCAGGGCAGCACGUGGUCCUCCACGGCGUUCAUCGUGGACGACGGAGAGGUCUCAGAUGGGCUGAACCUGGGGGCCGUGGUGAGCGAUGAGGAGACAGGAGUGGUGUUUCUCUUCUACACGCUCUGUGCCCAUAAGUUCCGUUGCCAGGUGGCCUCCACCAUGCUGGUGUGGAGCAAGAAUGACGGCGUUUCCUGGAGCCCACCCCGCAACCUCUCCAUGGACAUCGGCACCGAGAUGUUUGCCCCGGGACCAGGCUCCGGCAUUCAGAAAAAGUGGGAGCCACGGAAGGGCCGGCUCAUCGUGUGCGGCCACGGCACGCUGGAGAGGGAUGGCGUCUCCUGUCUGCUCAGUGAUGACCAUGGUGCAACCUGGCACUACGGGGCGGGGCUCAGCGGUAUCCCCUAUGGCCAGCCCAAGCUGGAAAAUGACUUCAACCCCGACGAGUGCCAGCCUUAUGAGCUCCCCGAUGGCUCAGUCAUCAUCAAUGCCCGGAACCAGAACAACUACCACUGCCACUGCCGGAUCAUCAUCCGCAGCUACGACGCCUGCGACACCCUGAGGCCCCGGGACGUGACCUUCGACCAUGAGCUCGUGGACCCUGUGGUGGCCGCCGGAGCCGUAGCCACCAGCUCCGGGAUUAUCUUCUUCUCCAACCCAGCCCACCCCGAGUUCCGAGUGAACCUGACCCUGCGCUGGAGCUUCAGCAACGGGACCUCGUGGCAGAAAGACAAGGUCCGGCUGUGGCCAGGGCCCAGCGGCUACUCGUCCCUGACAGCCCUGGAGAGCGGCACGGGCGGGGAGAACAAGGCCCCACAGCUCUACGUGCUCUACGAGAAAGGCCUGAGCCGCUACACGGAGAGCAUCUCCAUGGCCAAGAUCAGUGUCUACGGGACGCUGUGAGCCAGGGCAGGACUUGGCCCUGACUCCUGGGACCGCGGCUUCCUAGAGGGUCAGCUGCAGGCGCCUAAGGGACAUCGCCACCUUCCUUUGGACUCUGGGAUUGUGCCAAAGCAACUUCUCUGCUGGAGAAAUUAUUCCGCUGGGAUGAAAAGGAGUUUCUGCUCCAGACCGUGGCUCUGCCCUCACUGAGUGCUUCCGCUCCACCCCCCUAGUCUGGGCCCUGCCUGGGCGCCUCUGGAUGGCCGACCCUGUCCGAUGGCUGGUGGAACUGCUAACUGUGAACUCAGGGACUGAGGAAGCCCAGGCUUCCUCUUAGGUGUUGGGAGAAGAUCCAGCGUUGGAUCGGGUUGGUGGAAGUCAGACGUGGGGCGAGAUUUUUGGAUUCAUGGUGAGGAACUAGGUGCACUACCCUCCUUAAUUAUUUAUGGAUCAAAAUGUUUAUAACAUAAAAAAAAAUGUUUAUAACGUGAAAGUUUUUAAUGGAGAAUGAACAUUUGCAGUCUCUGUGGUUCUGUCCAUGCACGUUUUCAUGUCGUUUUUAGUCGAGAAC